GGAAGGCUCGGUGGAGCUCGGCUCAUUGACAGCCCUCCCACCUCAGAGCUGAGGAGCUCAGGCUCAUCUCCUCCUCCAUCAUCAAAAAAAAAAAAAAAACUCUCUCCUCCCCUUGCUCUUCCUUCCCUGGCGGCGACGACUGGGCGAGCGGCGGCGCCAUUGAUCACGUCUUCGCCCAGCCCUUUGCCGGCGACGAGCGCAUCCUCCAGGUAAUAAAUGGCAGGAAGACACCGUGUACCCCGCCAAUACCAUGAUGGCCCUCGAGGAUAUCGUGAUGCUCCACGUCCUCCCCAAUCACAAACAAGGGCUGUCUCUCCCCGUCGCUUGGAGGAGGAAUUGUCUAGUCGCCGUGCCGAGAUGCGCAGAAUCCGUGAAGACAAUCAGCGUCUGGCAGAUGAAAUUGUUGGUCUCAGGCAAAUCAUGCCUCGUUUGAAAGAAGACCUCCACGCCUCAAGUCAGGCUGUACCUAAGCUCCGGGCAGAUAAAGAACUUGAAUCGAGGGAGCUAACUCAGAGGAAUCUGAAGCUGGAAGCUGAGCUACGUUCCUUAGAACCCCUUAGGCAAGAUGCUUUGCAUCUGCGAUCUGAAGCGGGUAAACUACAGUCUUUGAGGCAAGAGCUGACUACAAAAGUUCAGGGUCUAUUAAAAGAGCUUGAGCAUCAGAAAUCUGAAAGCCAGAAAAUACCUGCUAUGAUAGCUGAGCGUGAUGCUCUGCGUCAAGAAUUGAUCCAGGCUAGGGCAUCACUUGAGUAUGAGAAGAAUGCAAAGCCAGAGCUGACAGCACAGGUGCAAGCAAUGGAGAAGGAUCUUGUAGCUAUGGCUCAGGAGGCUGAGAAGCUGAGGGCUGACAUUGCAAAGAGAAGGGCACCUAGUUUCAGCAGCCAUGGAACUUAUGGUGCACCUUUGUCGACUCCUGGGAUGAGUUUGCAAGGCAUGUAUGAUGGUGGAUAUACUUCGAUGGGGAGUCGCUAUGGCACUGGGCCUUGGGGAUCGCAUGACCCCCGUGGUUAUCCACAACCGUAAUUGGGCUUCUGACUACAUUGUCCCCUGGACAGUUCCCUUCAUAGCGCAGUUGGGUUCUGAGUAGAGUACUGUGACUAAGCUUUGUGAUGUGGUAAGGCUUGUGCAAUGUUUGCUGGCCAAUACACAGAACUAUACCAGCUCAGGUUUAUCUUGGUACCAUCUAUUAGUCAGAAUAUACAAUCCAGUGUAUUAAGAAAACAGAUGUCCAUUAGCCGUAGUUACUGCAAUAAAUGGAAAACCAGGUAAUCUGCACCUUAUCUGUUGCAAAUCACAAAAGAGUCUACGGAUACAGUGGCAUCA